AUUUUAAGUAGAAAUUCUUGCUGCUCUGUGCAGACUCGUUUUACUUGGUGAGCAUCAUAAAUGAGCACCACGGUGCAUAGAACUCCCAAAACUGGGGGCAAAUCGUUGUUUUUCCAAGAUUUGGCUUCCCCCAUUUCUGCACGGAGAGGUAAAUUUUCAAGUCCAGGUCAGGCAGCGGCAGUCUCUGCUCUAUGGCGGGAAAAUUUUGGUGGUUCAGAUCUUCCACCUCCUCCCAUGUACACCUUGGAGGACCGCUCAGAUUUCUCUCCUGAAACUGGGAUUCUUGACUAUCCAGUUUCUCCAGAAAUCAAGUUAGACCCAACCGCAAGUUCUGGUCCAGACUUCUUAACUCCAUUGAAAGGAAAGUCAACGGCUAGUACUUCUUUUGCCUUGCUGAGUCACCAGAAUCAACAGGGGUCAGGUAGUUCAAGUUGGUGGUCCCCAACAAAGACUAGUAGUGCUGACCAAGACGACAAAGGAAAGGGUUCUCCUGUUGAGGGUGUUGUUCAGCCUGGUGCUUUGAUCACACUUCCACCCCCAAGGGAGGUUGCAAGGCCAGAAAUGCAGAGGAAUAGCCUACCUGCUGCUAAUCUUGAUGAUGAAGAAUGGGUUACUGUUUAUGGAUUUUCUCCAGGUGAUACCAAUUUAGUUUUACGGGAGUUUGAGAAGUGUGGCGUAAUCUUGAAACACGUUCCUGGCCCAAGGGAUGCUAACUGGAUGCACAUUCAGUAUCAGCAUCGCUUUGAUGCUCAGAAGGCUCUCAGCAAGAACGGUAAGCAAAUCAGUGGAGUUCUAGUAGUAGUUGUCAAAACCCUUGAUUCGAUUCAACGUCAAGGUUUGAAUGAAAGACUCAACAAUCAGGG